AUGCCCCUCGGCCACGGUCCCGAGUUGCACAUUCCGGGGUUUCCGUGGAAGGCACGAGCCACGAGCGCCACAUUGGCUCAACGCUACAUUGGCGACACAAACAAUUUGGUCCUUCGAGCCGGAUUACAGCAACAACGUUUUGGUGUCAGUGCCACUGCGGUCGAACAUUCGAGGAGGUUGGCUGUAGCGAGUCACAAAUCUCGCGACAGCAAGGGACUGAACCAGACAUUUCCAGUCUUCUUCGAGGAGCUGUUCCUCGCGACUCACAAGGGGAUCCUGCAAACAUCUGACGCAUUUCCAUCACUGGCAAGUAGCUGCGAGCCCAGGACACGGCCACAUCAAGCGAGUUCCUGCAACGCUGCCGCUACGCGCCAUCAGGACCGGCCAUCUUUACGCAGCCGAGGCCACGCUCUUUUCAUUUCCGUGCGCGUGCGAAUUGCUUACUCAAUCGAAUCGGUCACGCCGCCCAUUGCGGCUCAACUUGAAGAACGCCGAGCUAAGUUAGACGGUUAUUGGUCAAGUUACGACGAAGUGCAAACGAAGCUGGAAUUGUGCGACGAGGCAGAGGCGAAUCAUCGCGUCACUUUCGAGGAAGCAUUUUAUUUUACAUCCGCUAAAUUACGCGAAUUACUCUCUAGCGCCAGUCAAAUGCGCGCCACCGCCUCUCCCUCGCCGUCACCCUCAAUUUCCGGCGUCGUCAAUCAGUACAAUCAUAUCAAACUCCCUAGGUUGGAUCUUCCGAAAUUUUCCGGUAAAUACGACGAGUGGUUCCCGUUUUUUGAUAGCUUUCAGUCUCUCAUACAUGCCAACCCGUCGUUAGAUAAUAUUCAAAGGUUGCAAUACUUGAAGGCCUCCGUCGUCGGCGACGCGGCAAAAAUAAUCACCGCGUUGGAAAUUUCUGGCACGAAUUACGACGUCGCGUGGAACCUGCUGAAAGAGCGUUACGAUAAUAAACGCGUCAUCGUUCAAAGCCACAUAAAGGCGAUCAUGGAUCUGCCGUCCAUGAGUAAGGAAAACGUCGUCGAGCUUCGUCAAAUCGCAGACGGUACUACCCGACACGUUCAAGCCCUCAAGGCUUUAAAGCGCCCCACAGCGCAAUGGGACGAUUUAUUAGUUCAAAUUUUGACUAGCAAACUAGACGCGCUCACUUCUCGCGAAUGGCAGUUGUCGCUGACGAGCUCGCAGCUGCCUACGCUAAAACAAUUCAUUGAUUUUAUCACUCAUCGAUGUCAAACUCUCGAGGCCAACGGUAAGCCAGCUGUGCCGGCACAAGCACAGCAUAAUGCGAGGCGCCAGUCAUGUCUCGCGACGGUGAAGGCUAAGUGCGUGUUUUGCAAAGGCGAACACUUCAUAUAUCAUUGUCAAAAAUUCUUAGCAUUGCCGGUUCGGCAAAGAAUUUCGGAAAUCCGAAAACGUAAACUCUGUACGAAUUGCCUGCGAUCCACUGAUCAUGCCUCGAACAAAUGCCCAUCAGGCAGUUGUAAAAUUUGCAAUUCCAAGCAUAAUUCAUUGCUUCACCUUACCGCCGCCAUUUCAACGAAGUCCGAUACUUCAAAUCCGCGCGAAUCACCCGUGGAUGACAAGGGAGGGGCACCUCCGGCGAGUUCUCCUACGGCCCUUGUCACACACAGCGCGAACUCGCCUGUUCACAACUGCGUUAUGUUAUCCACUGCUGUUGUGUCCGCACACGACAGCAAGGGCGCUCUUAAAUCCUGUCGCGUACUUUUGGAUAGUGGCUCACAAGCCAAUUUCAUUUCGCAACGCUUCCUGGACACGCUCGGUCUUAGAACUCGUGCCUCGGAAGUCUCCAUUUCGGGAAUCAACAAGACAACUACAAGAUCAUUGCGAGCAGUCGAAGUUCAUUUACAGUCGCGCAUAAAUUCCUUCAAUAUUUUAUUGGAUUGCAUUGUCACUGAUCAUGUAACUGAUAAGCUUCCGGCCUUUACUAUCAAAAGGAGUGCCUUUGAAAUUCCACAAAAUAUCAAGUUGGCUGAUCCGCAGUUCAACGUCGCGUCAGAAAUCGAUCUUUUAAUUGGCGCGGAGCAAUUUUGGCGCUUGCUCUGCGUAGGGCAAAUCAAAUCUUCGCCGACUCAACCCAUCCUUCAGAAAACGCGUUUCGGGUGGAUUCUAGCCGGGCGACUCGAUAAUUCAUCGACUUCCAGACAAGGCGUGCAGUCUUUUCACGCUUCAAUUUCUAACGCGCAAUUACAACAACAAUUAUCACAAUUUUGGCAAAUUGAGGACAUAACUCAGACCUCGGACGAUCACAGUGUCGAAGAGCACCUUUGUGAGCAACAUUUCUUGCAGAAUCUGUCCCGAGACCCGCAGGGCAGAUUAAUCGUGAAGCUUCCGUUCAAGGAGCUCGCCUCUAUCACCCUCGGCGAUUCAAGAGGAGCCGCCUUAAAACGAUUGUACGGUAUCGAAAAACGAUUCAAACUCAAUCCCAAUUUAAGAACUCAGUACUCGGAGUUCAUGAACGAAUACUUGGCCCUAGGCCACAUGAAGGCAAUUGACGAGCAGUCCGAUAAUAAUUCAGAAUCCUUUUAUCUCCCGCACCAUUGCGUGUUCAAGUCUAAUCAGGGUCGCGAUAAGAUUCGUGUAGUCUUCGACGCGUCGGCCAAAGGCUCAACCGGUACUUCCUUAAACGAUGUGCUCAUGGUUGGACCAACCGUCCAACAGGACUUAUUUUCAAUUUUAGUACGAUUUCGCACAUUUCGCUUCGUUCUCACCGCUGACAUCAUCAAGAUGUACAGGCAAGUGUUGAUUUAUCCCUCACAAACACAUUAUCAACGCAUUCUUUGGCGGGACGAUCCCGCCUCCGACGUCAAGGCUUACGAGCUAGUCACAUUAACUUACGGCACGUCGUCGGCGUCGUACCUAGCAACCAGAUGCCUCAAAUGGCUGGCUGAUCAUUACGCGGACGAAUUUCCCGCCGGUUCCGCGUGUGUGGAGCGAGACUUUUAUGUCGACGAUAUGCUCACUGGCGCCGACACCGUGGAAGAGGCCCUAGCAAUUCGCGACCAGACAAUCGAAGUGCUACGUGCGGGCGCCUUCGAACUCAGUAAGUGGGCUUCCAAUUGUUCGGACUUACUAACGGAUGUCGAGAAACAAACCCAUGUCCCUGUUACUAUUAACAAGGGCACGGAAUCGUCCAUAUUAGGCGUCCAUUGGGACCAACUCCAAGACACAUUACACUUUUCCUAUAAGCCCGACGCCGACCGUUCAACAAUCUCCAAACGCGUCAUACUUUCCGAAGUAUCUAAACUCUUCGAUCCUCUCGGGUUCUGGGGACCGGUCAUCGUUUCGGCAAAACUGAUCCUCCAGGAGCUCUGGCACUUGGGAUCUCACUGGGACGAAUCAGUUCCGCAAGAGCUUCACAUACGUUGGACGAACCUCAAGUCGCGCCUAGUUGAUAUCAAUAAACUCGCCAUUCCGCGCCAUGUCAAGCUCAAUGCGAAUUCACAGCCAAUGCAAGUCCACGGUUUCUGCGACGCGAGCCAAUUGGCUUACGGAGCAUGCAUUUAUAUCCGCACGAGGUCUCAAGACGGCACCUACAACACUGAAUUAUUGUGUUCAAAGUCUCGCGUUGCUCCCCUUAAGGCGAUCUCAUUGCCGCGUCUCGAGCUUUCAGCAGCCUUGCUAUUGGCCAACCUACUGAACAAGGUAAGGGCAUCAAUCACGAUAACUGACUCACAGAUCUUCCUGUGGUCAGAUUCCACCAUAGUCCUGAAUUGGAUAGCAUCGCCAUCGAGAAGAUGGUCAGUUUUUGUCUCCAAUAGAGUCGGUCAAAUUCAAAACUUGACUGAACCUAGUGACUGGCGUCACGUCAAAUCCAUCGACAAUCCUGCUGACAUUCUGUCGCGCGGCCUCGAUCCACAGAAGUUAGUAGAAUCUUCCAUGUGGUGGCAUGGACCUCCCUUCCUGAGAUUAGAUGAAGAACAUUGGCCCGAUUCUGGGUUCGUUCAUUCGAUUGAGGGCCUUCCCGAACAAAAAAGGUCCGUGACAGCCAUCUUGAUUGUCGAUCACUCAGUUAUAAAUGAAUUGUUAACCAGACAUUCAAACCUCAAUAAAGCAUGUCGCAUUCUCGCGUAUUGCCUAAGAUUUCUUAAGCGCUACCGUCCGAAGGAAUAUACCACAUUCGUAUCUCAUCAAGAAAUUUCAACCGCGUUACAAAUCAUGUGUAAGUUAACCCAGAAUCAAGCUUUUCCUCAGGAAUACAAGGCCUUACGCAAAGGUCAUGCCCUUGAUACAUCAAGUAGCAUAUUAUCAUUAGCUCCGUUCAUUAGCGAAGACGGAUUAAUUCGG